AUGCAGUGGUUCAGCAUUUUUGGUCCAGUUUUGUUACUGACAACUUUGCUGUGUGAAAUCCCGUUUCUCUUUCCUAGGUUGCAUAUAAGAAUCCAGUGGUUUCAAAGAGCAGAUCUCAGGUCUCCACGACAACCCUGCAGAAACCAAUUAAGUAAAGGUCUCAUUUGCUGCACCUCUGGUUGUUCUUGCUGCUGUACUCUGGACUCCGUAUUCAACAGCCAGGGGCCAGGGACUGCGCUGCCACGAUGAGCACGGAGCAGGUGAUGUGCAGGUACUGUGUGCAGAGAGCACGUUGGGAGGGAAACAAGUGUCUGUUCUCACAUGAUUUGCCUACAAGCAAAUCCUCCACUGUCUUCAAGUACUACCAGAAGGGACAGUGUGCCUACAGCGCUUGGUACAGGUGUGAUCACAUGAGGCUCACAGCCCUGGGGGGAGCCACAGCCACUGUGCUGCCCCUGGCAGUCCCCCACAGCCCUGAGCGUGGGCCCACCACCACACGGAGCAAGCAGAAGAAGAGGGCGCUCAGGGACAGAAACUGUGGCUUGAAUGAAGAGCAGCAGAGGCGUGGUGCCCUCAGGGUUGUGGUGUGGUGCAGUGACCAAAAUAAAAAUCAGGAAGUGAAACCCCAUUACUACUUGGAAGCACUUUGCAGUGGACUGGAAGAUCCGGUCGCUGGGAGCUCCUGUGGUGACAGGGAGCAGCUGUGUCUGUACAUGUUGGAGGGAAUGUGGCACUUGGGAGAGUGCUGCCUGUACCUCCACAAGGUCAUGGGUGAGCUAUGUGGGCUGCAAGUGCUUCACCCUUCCAACCAAGAUGAGAGGAAAGCUCACAAGAUGAUGUGCAUGGCAACAUUUGAGCUCGACAUGGAGAAGGCCUUUGCUUUCCAGGACAGUCAGGCCAAGGUGUGCAGCAUCUGUAUGGAAGUGGUGUAUGAGAAACCACCAGCCUCUGAGAGGACGUUUGGGAUCCUUUCCAACUGCAACCACAUGUACUUCAUCUGGCAGCGGAGAUGUGCCAAGCAGUCCAAGAAAUCCAUCAUCAAGUCCCGUCCAGAGUGCCAAGUAAUAUUCAAGUUUGUCAUUCCCUGUGUGUACUGGGUAGAAAAGCAGAAGAAAAAUGAGCUGAUUAAAUAAAUAUUAAGCAGAGUGGGGAAAAAGCCCUGCAAGUACAUUGAAAAAGGGAAAGGAAUGUGCUGGUUUGGAAGAAAGUGUCUUUGGAAGGAAGUUUUGCAGGGAACAAAAGGGCUGAAGGAGGUAACAAGGUUCUACAGAAAUGUUAGGUUCUCUGAACAGUUGCUCUGUAUAGUGGAAUGGACAGCUGGGAACUACUCUUUCCAAACACAGUGACUACUUCUACACUAUGGCAGACCAGGGUCUUUGUUUCACUGUCAGCUGAGCUAUUUCCAUGUUCUGACUCAUCCAUGGCUGUUUCUACACCAGUAAAAGCAGCAGCAUUUGCAGCAUUGUUCAAGCCCUCACAGGUGAAAAUAAUUAUGAGGCAGAAGUUUCCACCAAUGUGGAGUUUUUCACUUUUCACCUUGUGGGUGUUGCCUUGUCUGUGCAGCUCUGGGUAUGUUCACAGCAUGACCAUGGUUCUCUAGGACAGAGGGACACAAGUGACAGGAGGCCACAGUGAUCAUGUCCAAACCUGCCUUUCCUUAGGAACCUGGUGCCUCACAAAUUCUCUGAGUCAACCUCAGGACUAUUUCUUGUGCUGCCUUCACGUUUCUGCACUCCCCAUCCCUGUUGUGAGUGCAGCAGUCACUUUCUUCUCACUGUCCUGUGUAGCUCCUGUUCAGGCAACCUUCCACUUUUCCUUGAAGAACAGCACUUACAUUAUACUUCCUUGUGGAUAUAAAGUACAGUUCUUUUCAGUUAGUUCUCUCUUCCAGUUUUGUUAAAUCCCAGAUGAGCUGAUCUUAGACUGCUGAGCCUUGCUUUCCUCUUCUGUGAGACAGGACAAGUACAGCACCCAGAGGCUUGUAAAACCUGUCAUCUGUGCUGCAGCAGCAAAAAGCAUUGUCAUUGAACACACUGUCUUACAAUAAUUGUGUUGCCAUCAGCUGGGGAUCUAGGAGGAAGACCUUAUGUGGAAAGUGCUGCUAAAUACUCAGAGAAAAGCAAAUUUUGAAUUCUCAGGGGUAAAUAUUUAUUCCAGACUCUCAAAAAAGUAGUGGUUUGUAAAUCCAGGUGUGGGAGGGUUUUUAGUGGUGACAGUGCCUGGAAUUUUUCAGCAGCUUUUCUUUCUCUUGUUGAGACUUCUCAUUAACAAGCCCUAACAGUCAUGGCAGCAGCUACACAGGUGUUCUGUCAAAUGGAAGAGCUGGGGCAGAAACUCCUUGUUCCUUCCAGUGCACUCAUUACUGUUUUGUCUCUUCAAGUUCUCUUUCAAGUCAUAGAUUCCCCUUGGAUCCUUAUGGGGCCAUUCCACGGAUGAAUGAGCAGCUGCUUUCUGUUUCUCAGCACGUAUCUCCCCUUUGUUACAUUGUUCUCAUCAGGUCUGGUCACACUCCCACAUAUUCUGAUAUUUCUGGUACCCUGCACCAUCUUAGGAGAAAUAAAUUAAUAAUCUUCUUUCUUGCAUGCACACCUUUCCCUGUGCCCACUUAAAAACUAAUCCUGUGGCAAAAAUUCUUCAGCUCUGCAUUCAGAUAACCGGUCAUCUAUGAAAGCAAGUUAAAAAUGAGGUUCCUAAACAGAAUUUAAUAUACCAUUGUUGUUGCAGUGACUGUAACGCAGUGCAGAUUUGAUGUUUUAAAGCCAGGGUUACAAGGGCGUGCACUCUUAUCAGUCUAUUUGAUUUUAAAAUCCUUAUCUCUGUUGUACUGUAGGCAUUGGGGUAGCUCAACCUGCUGGGUUAAUAAAAUGUCUCUUGGAUCUCUGUAGCCCUUUUAUAACAUCUAAGACUAUUUGAGUUUCAUGGUCACCACAAUGCUAUACAGGGCUCAUUCCUUCCAUUCACGGGUCAUUGUGCUAAUAAAUAUGAGAUAGAUGCCUUUGGGCAUUAACAAACAGGUGCAGCCCUACAGUGUGACAAGGAAAUUAUUUUGGCUGGGACUUUCCAACACUGUAUUAUCAGAGAGGACUGUACAAACAAGUCAGUGCUUGUUGGAAGGAAGCAUGGGUAUGGGACGUCAUUCCUGGUUGCCAACCUACUUCACAGUCCACAAAACCUCUCUAGGACUGUGGAUCUCUGAAGGCUGGAGGCAGCUUGACUGUGUCUCUCCAUGCAAACUGUGCUACUCUGGGUCUGUUCAGGGACACUCCAGAGUGAUGAAUAUGCCAAGUCACUCCAAGGUAUUAUAUGAAAAGAGACCCUGGCACCGAGUUCAGCUUGACAGAGACUUGCAGACAUUUAGAAAUGUGGUCAUGCAUGCCAAGAUACAGCUCCAAGUUCCUUUAAUUCCUGCAAUCAUCAGACAACUGCUGAAUGUGAUAAGGCAAGGAUUUCAGCUCAAAAUGGACUGGGAACAGGGAGAGGAGUGGAGAGAGACAGUAGACAGAUACCAGGCAGGAGGUGCAGAUGUUAAAGCUUUGAUGUUCUCCCCGUCAGUGGAAAGAGUGGAGUCGAGAUUAGCAGCAUUGUGCUCAGUAAUGGCAUUAUCCUGCUCAAAACACCAGGAGAUAGAGUUGUGCUGAAUGUCGCUGUGUCAGGGUACUUGAUCCUCCACUCAGUUGCUGUUUGAAACCAGAUUAACAUCUGAGACUAGGAUUGCACCUUUUAUACUUGACAGUGGGAGCUGGUUAUUGUUUUCAAGCUAAGUGCCUCCUUGCUGGGGUGGCAUUCCAGUACUUGUCCCAGAGCAGCAGUGUGGUGUAAGCCAGCAGCUCCCACUGAAAGGGAAGCUGGCCCAUUUCUCCCCUACCUGUGCUCUGAUGGUACAGCACUGCUGCAACACUGUCAGCAUCCCAGACAUCCCUCAGACAUGACACUGGACAGCACAACUGAGCCUCCUUGUUUUCACAGACACUGCAGAGCAGGAGAAUGAGCAAGACUCUGGAGGGAUUCAGAUGUGUUCUGUAUUUCCCAGACAAGCUCUCCUGUUGCUCAUUGCAUCUCCAUGGGAAGAUAUGAGUGCAAGGAGUGGCUUGUUCUGGUGGCUAUCUCUUAAAAAUAUGUAUUUAAUUAGUUUGUAGGAGGCAAUAUUGAAAAACCAGUGCUUUGGGAGAAAUUAGUGGAAUUUAUCAUGGAUCCCAGGUCCUGGGAUCCUGUUCAUUUUGCAUUCUGAGAUCAUCUUUGAGAAGACUCUGAUGUCUCCUACCCAGUAAAGCUCUACCAUUAUUGAGACAACCAGCUGUGGUGUGCCAGGAGAGAAACUGCUGACUCUUGCUUUCACCCCUGGCACUGUGCUGCCCUUUGCUCCUGCAGUGAAAAAUGUGUCCAUAACUGCUGAGCUUGGAUGGGUUACCCUUCCUUCUCAGACCAGGGCAAUAGAGCAGAGGAGGCUGCUGUUCUGCUAAGUUCUUUAUUUUGUA